AUGAAACGAAAGGAAAUUCCAUCCACUGAACACGAUGACAAAGAAGAAAUUCCAGAACACUCUGCAUUCCGAAAGUAUGUCAAAAUUGAUGCCAACUUACUCGAGGAUUUGCACCCCAUCGAAUUGAAGCAAUUCAUUGAAAUGUAUUCCAAGACACUCCGAAGAAAAAUGUUGAAGUUAAUUUCAAAUAUUCCCGAGGAAAUUGUUCUUGCCAUUCUCUCUUUUCUCUCACCUGUAGAAAGAAUUUUGAAUGGACCCUUGUACUGCUGCAAACAUUGGAAUGCAUGUAUUAUGAACGAUGAAAAUUUGUGGAAAAGUAUUUGGGAAUUGUUGUUUCCAACGAGCAAGCCUUAUGACCAUGUAAUUUCCAAGCCUUAUCUUCUACUAAGAGCAAAAUUCUUCUCAAACAAAUGUGAAAUACCUUAUUUACGUUUCUCUUUUGACAAUUGUAACGCUUCUUCUCCCAAAGAUACUGAAAUUAUCAAAGAAGAAGAUGGUAAAACGGUCGCCUAUGAUUCAGAUGAAGAUACGAAAGAACACAAAUCAGAAAAGGAUAAUCAUAGGACAAAGUUCACUUCAAAAUUUUAUAUAUUGACCAAGAAUCCAGAAAUAACCUACAUUGAUGCUGGUGAGGGCUGUGGAGGAGGAUAUUCAAGCAACACCUUGCUCUUGAUUGACCACCUUGAAGGGAUCUACUUUCCUCCCAACAAGACCACAUUCUUCAAGUUCACAUUAAUGACUGACUUUAAGGAUGUUGAAUACCAAUCUGGAGGAUAUUCCUGUUUUUCCUUUAAUUCUACUCUUCUCGCCACAGUUCCUUAUUCCUUAUCAGAUCCAAUCACUCUAAUUUCUCGCAACAAAAUCAUUCAACCACGUGUGAAACAACUCGUAAGAGAGUACCUGCAGCUUUCUAACGAUGAAUUGAUCAUUCCCAAACAGAGUUGGAAUCCUAAAAAGAACAUGAUACCCACGGAUGAAAUCGGAUGGUUUAAUCAAUGGUUGCGAAAUUUUUCAUUUUUUGAUUGUUCAAAUUUUGUCGACCAGUUGAAAGUAGUGGAAAAUGAACAACAAGCUGAAAGUGACAAUGAAGACGAAGAUAGUGAUGAUGACGCUGAUCCAUUAAACUCUCCACACGAAAGUGAUGAAUGA